GCCUCAGACUGAUUGUUCAAGUAUUCUUCUGCUGUUUCAUGGCCCGGGUUGGCCUUGGAAUAGAAUAUUAUGUGGCUGCAGUGUACGAACACCAUUCUAUACUGAAUCCCAACUCUACAGCCCUUUGUGACCGAAAAUCUGCUGUGGAAUUUAUGUCCAAAAACCUAGAUAUUUAUGAACAGCAGGUUCAUAUUGCAGCAAGAAAGGGUGUCCAAAUCAUCGUCUUUCCCGAAGAUGGAAUCCACGGCUUUAACUACAGCAGGAUGUCCAUUUACCCAUACCUGGAUUUCCUCCCUCCUUCCCAUUUACUGCCAUGGAAUCCAUGUUCGGAGCCAGACAAGUUCCAGGAUACGGAGGUUCUCCAGCGGCUCAGUUGCAUGGCACAGGGAGGAAGAAUGGUUGUGGUGGCAAACCUAGGAACUAAAGUGCUCUGUGAGCAUGUGGACCCUAUGUGCCCUCCUGAUGGGCGGUACCACUUUAACACGGAUGUUGUGUUUAGUGACAAUGGCACACUGAUAGCCAGCUAUUUUAAACAAAAUCUGUAUUUCGAAUAUGGUUUUGACACACCUCCACAUGUCCAACACGUCAUAUUUAAUACCUCCUUUGCCAGGUUUGGCCUCUUUACGUGCUUUGAUAUCCUAUUUUAUGAACCAGUUAUGACUCUUAUUGAAAAGCAUCAAGUGAAGCACCUCGUGCACCCAACAGCUUGGAUGAACCAAUUGCCGCUUCUUUCUUCCAUUCAGAUUCAGAGAGCCUUUGCCACCAGGUUCAAUGUUAAUAUCCUAGCAGCUAACAUCCACCACACAACUUUGGGUAUGACUGGAAGUGGAAUAUUUAGUCCAAUAAGCUCUUCAUACCACUAUGACAUGGACAGCGAAAAUGGCCAGCUGAUCAUUACUAAUGUUCCAGUGGAUCCUUUAGAAGAAAUGGGUCCAGAAGAUGAAGACAGUGUGUCAUUUGUGAAGAGUGAGACAUCGGAAGGCAAUGUCAUCCAUACUAGUUUUCAGACCUGUGACUCAGAAGACAGAAAAAAACAUUGUGGAGGAUCACCAGGGGAUGAUACUUCAUUUCAUGCAGAGAUGAUGUAUGAUAACUUCACUUUUGUUCCCCUGAAUACAAAUGAAGGAACAGUACACGUGUGUGCUGGCACACUCUGCUGCUAUGUGACCUAUCGUAAGCAGAAUGCCUCCAAUGAGCUGUAUGCUCUGGGGGUAUUUGAUGGUCUGCACACUGUUCAUGGCCAGUACUCCCUUCAGAUUUGUGCCCUGGUAAAAUGUGGUGGUCUGAAUAGGACAAUGUGCGGACAGGAAGUGACUGAUGCAAGUAGUGUCUUGACCUUUCGACUUUGGGGCAGUUUCAGCACUAAGUAUGUAUUCCCCAUGAUUGUUACGUCAGGAGUCAAGUUACAGUUACCUGACCACUGGGGCUGGAAGGACAAUAUCUGUUACAUGAGACAAGGGGCAAUGGAUCUGGGAUUAGUGACGGCAGCAUUGUAUGGGAGAUACUAUGAAAGGGACUAAUCUCUGACUAUCAUCGUUGUGUUGCUACCGACC